AUGGAAAUGGAGUCUUCCAGUGAAGUUUUUAUCUCCUUUGCUUGUGAAGUUUUUGGCUCGCAAAGCUUUGGUGGAAGCCCCAAUCUGCACUAUUCUAAGAUGGACACUGAUUCUGACCCUGCAAUUGACCUUAAUUCUGAAAUUGAUCUAGAAGCCAUUACUGGCCAACUUCCUGUUGUCCAAGAGAUUGCCCCAGAUGGAAAUGGUGGACAAAGUCCAAUGGAAGCAAAUGCAGUGACUAACCCAGACCAUGCUGGUGGUAGUGGUGGACAAAAUAAUCCAGUGGAAGCAAAUACUAGAAAGAGAAAGGAAGUCCACCAAAGAUCAAUUGUUUGGGACCAUUUCAAUGCUAUUAAAGAUGCUGAUGGGGUAAUCAUACAAGCUAAGUGUUCUUACUGUGCUCGUAUUUAUAACUGUCAUGCCAAAAAAAAUGGUACAUCUACUUUGAGAGGUCACAUGCUUAGAUGCAGUAAGCACCCGCAUAGUUUAGAAACCAGACAAGCUUUAUUAUCCUUUCAGCCUGCUGUAAAUGUGGGUGUAGUCCCUAAUAGUGGUCCUCAAAUGUGCAAUGUUGCUAAUUGGAAAUUUGAUCAGGAAGCCAUUAGAAAGGCUGUGUCAUACAUGAUUGUGGUUGAUGAAUUGCCUCUGAAAUUUGUUGAGAAACAGGGUUUUAAAAAGUUGAUGAGUAUUGCAUGUCCUAGGUUUAAAAUUCCAUCUAGAUGGACUGUAAAUAGAGACUGCUAUGCCAUGUUUGUGGAAGAGAAGCUGAAACUGAAACAUUUUAUGAAAUUUAAUACUCAGAGAGUAAGUCUAACUAGUGAUGCAUGGACUUCUAAUCAAAGAAUUAAUUACAUGUGUGUCACUGCCCAUUUCAUAGACACUGAGUGGAAGCUUCAUAAAAAGAUAAUUUCUUUUGUACCUUGUUCUAGGCAUAAGGGUGAAUACUUGUCUAAGGCUUUAGAAACCUGUUUGCAAGAGUGGGGGCUCAAGAAUAUCUUUACUGUGACCCUUGAUAAUGCUGAAAAUAAUACUGCUGCCAUGAGUUUUUUCAUGAAAAAAAUGCUGACUUGGGGUUGUAGUCCUGCUAGAUGUAAAGUUGCUCACAUGAGAUGCAUAGCUCAUAUUCUUAAUCUGGUUGUGUCUGAUGGUCUAAAAGAAAGUGGAGCUUCUGUUCAAAAAGUUAGGGGGGUUGUUAGAUAUAUUAAAAACUCACCUCUUAGACUAAGUAAGUUUAAGGAAUGUAAAAAGACAUGUGAGUUAGAAUGUAAGCGUUCAUUAUGUCUAGAUGUCCCAACUAGAUGGAAUUCAACUUAUCUCAUAUUGAGUACUGCCUGUUUGUAUCAAAAAGUCUUUGAGGAGUAUGAAGAAACAGAGUCAAGCUUUAAAAAAGAUUUGGGUGAUAGUGUUCCUGGUUUCUUGGAUUGGGAACAUGUUAAGGAGUUAUGUGGCAUGUUAGAAUGUUUUUACAAAAUGACAUUGAGAAUUUCUGGUUCUCUUUAUGUGACUUCUAACAACCAUUUCAAUGAAAUUUCUGAUUUGUGUACAAUCUUGCAAGACUGGACAAGGUCUGAUGAUGUGUCAUUGAGGUCUAUGGGGUCUAAAAUGAAACAAAAAUUUGAUAAAUACUGGGGUGAUCCUAUUGUAAUGAACAAGUUGAUAUUCUUUGCUAACAUUUUAGAUCCUAGGGAUAGAAUUCUUUAUUUGGAGUACACAUUGACUCAUAUGUAUGGUGUUCAAGAGGGUAAAUUUCUGUUUUCUGGUCUGAUGGAUGAUUUGCUUGCAUUAUUCAAUGACUAUGAAUUACAACAUAAGAAAGAAAAGGCCAUUGGUGGUGGCCAGACUAGUGUGUCAUCUGAGCAUGUUGGUGGCUUAUCUCAAGCCAAUUCUGUGUUGAAAGAGAGGUAUCUACAAGAAAUGAAGGAGACUGGUGGUGUUGGUGGGACCAAGAAAUCUGAAUUGGAUUUGUACCUUGGAGAGGCAGUAGUUGCAAAUGAGGAGAAUUUUGACAUUCUCAGAUGGUGGAAGCUGAACUCAGAGAGGUUGCCUGUCCUCUCUAAAAUGGCUAGAGACAUUCUUGCAGUCCCAGUCUCCACAGUUGCUUCUGAGUCAGCAUUUAGCACUGGUGGAAGAGUGCUAGAUGACUUCAGGAGUAGCCUGACUCCAACACUUGUGGAAGCUCUAAUCUGCACUCAGGAUUGGCUUAAAGACCCAACUAAACCUGUUUCUGUUGAGGAGUCUUUGGAUGAAUUGGAGCAGUUUGAAGAAGGCUUUCAAGAACCAACCAAUGCUAACACUAAUGCUGUUGUUUGUCUAUAUGUCCUUUUCUCAAUUUACUUGAUUUGCCUUCUGAUAAGAUUGACUUGUGAAGGAAAUUUUGAAGCUGUACAGGCUUGUUUUGACCUAAAGCUGACAGAUUUAGGGUAUAUUUUUGACACUCACCAAAUUCACCUCCAUAAUCUCAUCAUUACAAUUAACCUCCAAGAAACAUGCAAUGCCAUACAUUCUCCAUCCCCUCCUCUAUUCCAUGAUAAAUUUCUUAAUGUUAAGACAUUGUGCAUAAAAUGCAAUUUUAUCUGUGAUCUAUUGGCUCCAACAUGUCAACUUGUCAGCUGCACAAAUAUAGCAUUUGACAGUUUGGAAAGUGAUAUGAGAGCAUGCAAAUUAAAUGACCAAGAACUUGAGAGAAAUAAAGAACUACCCUAUACAUGGACAGAUAGACCUUAUCAUAAGCCUUGGUAUACAGCCAUUCGAGCCCGUAUAUUUUGGACCGGGUUUGAAUAG